UAUACGCCAUUUUGCUAUUAUUACAGAAGGUUGCAUUAUCUUUCGUCAACAAUGUAAUGUUCUAUGUGAAAUGUUUGAUGGAUUUUAACAGAUUUUGUGAUGUUUGAGGGCCAGUUUGGGUUUAUAUAAAGCCAAUAGGAUUAUGGAGGAUUCCACCGAACCGGUCAAUGUCAGUCCUGAACUCUACUUUUUGAUAGCGAAAUUUCUCUCCGGUGGACCUCUGAAAGAGACUGCAAAGACUUUGUUGAAAGAGCUGGCAAGCGCGGAGGUGCUACCGCAACGUAUCGACUGGGAGGGCAACGUUCAUUCACAGUCGUACGAUGAACUGGAUUCACAAUAUUCCGAGAUAUCAUGGAAGCACUUGGUAUUCGUAUGCGAACGAGCCCUGCAACUGGCUCGCUACUCGACGGCACCCGCUAUCGCUUUGCCAGGACCAGAGAACACGGCACAGAUCGCACUACAGAACGGAGUGAUACAAAGUCAACCCACGCAUAUACAACUGAAGGCCCGACUGUCACUGUUGAGCGAGAGCUUGACUCGUCCACCUCCCAAAUAUGCCUCGUUCAAACAGGACCACACUCUCGUGCGUCGUCUGGUGUGCCGCGAGCUGGGCGGCGGCGGCGGGUCUCGCGCGGGCUCCGCGGGCGGGGCGGGACCCGCGCCGUCCGCCGCGCCGCGCCCUUUCCCCGCGCGUCUGCUGAGAGGUCUCACGUUGCAGCGCCGCACACUAGGCCACCUGUCUGCCGUUUACUGCCUCGUGUUCGACCGAACGGGGCGCUACGUAGUGACGGGGGCCGACGACUUGCUGGUCAAGGUGUGGAGCGCGCUGGACGGGCGACUGUGCGCCACGCUGAGGGGGGCCGGCGCAGAGAUCACCGACGUGAGCGCCUCGUGGGACGGCGCUCUCCUGGCGUGCGGCUCGGUGGAGCGUCUGGUACGCGUGUGGUGCCUGGCGACCGGCGCGCCGCGGGCCGUGCUGCAAGCCCAUGCCGGAACCAUCACGUCGGUGGCCUGGUCGCCGCCUGCUCACAGGGAGCUGCGCUGGCUGGCCUCCACAAGCACGGAUGGGUCCGUCGCCUUCUGGACGUGCUCCUUGGACGGACACUUCCUGUCUCAACCCGUCCAGUACGUGGAGCGCCUCCGGCCGGGCGCCUGUCACAUGAUCUGCGCCGCUUGGUCUGCAGGCGGCGCCUUCCUGGCGGCGGGCUCGGCCGACCAGCGUGUCCGCGUGUACGCGCUCGAGGCCGCCGGGCCGCGCCGUGUGCUCGAAAUGGCCGCCCACACGGACGCCGUGGACUCUCUUGCUUGGGCUCACCGUGGCCUACGCUUCGUGUCCGGCAGCAAGGACGGGACGGCGGCUCUCUGGACUCUGCACGCCACACAGUGGAGGCAUACGUUAUUGCGAGCUCAGCAACCCGAGGAGCCGCGGAAGUUGAAAGUGACGAUGGUGUGUUGGGACGCGAGCGACGAGUUCGUGGUGACCGCCGUGUCGGAUCGGACGCUCCGUGUGUGGUGCUCGCGGCGCGGGGAACAACUUCGCUCGCUGGCGGGACACCGGGACGAGGCCUACGUGCUGGAAGCUCACCCGCGCCUGCCGGGGGUGCUGCUCUCGGCCGGACACGACGGACAACUGUUCGUGUGGCACGUGCUGGAAGAGGAGCCGCUGGCGCGGUUCCACAACGAGAUCGAGGGUCAGGGCGAGGGCGCCAUCUUCGACGCCAAGUGGGGCGGCGGUGGCGCGACCGUCGCCGCUGCGGACUCUCAUGGACACUUGGUGCUGCUGGGUCUGGGCGCCGGGCACCGCCUGCUGUCGGAGCUACCUCGCGAGUUGUUCUUUCACACGGAUUACCGGCCCCUGGCGCGAGACGCUCUCGGCGGCGCUCUCGAUGAACAAACAGAGCUGCCUCCACACCUGAUGCCGCCGCCUUUUCUGGUGGACGUGGAGGGAGCGCCCCACGCGCCCCGCCAUCAGCGGCUCGUACCGGGUCGUGAAGCGCUACCGCUGGAGCAACUGGUGCCCCGCACGAGACUGGACGCUAUGAUCGAAGCGCUGGCCGCCGACCCUCUGUCGGGAGGCGCGGGAGGGGCCGAGGGCGAGGCUGCGGGAGGCCAUGGAGUGUGGCGAGGGGAAGGCGUGCGCCACACGGCGGGCUCGUGGCAGGGUCUCGACGUGCCGCUCAGCACGAGGCCGAUCGUCCCUCCCCUCGCGCCCUCCGCCAGGGACGCCCUCGAGAAAGCCAGUGUCGAGUUGAACGCGUACGAGAUGUCGUGGUACAGGCGGGAGAUGCGGCGCCGCCCCGUCAUGAUCAGUACGGCGGGCGAGGGUCCCCGCCGCCGGCCAGGCCGCCGCCCGCGCCUGCCGCAGCCUCCCCGCACCCGUCCGCCACCGCCCAGGGCUCAAGUUAUACCGAUCCGCUUAGACGACGACCCGCCCGAGGUAGCAGACGACAGCGCGGACACGUCCGACGAGUCCGUCCGCCUGUCCGGCUCCCAGUCGUCCCGCUCGUCUCGGUCCCGCUCGUCCCGUACAUCCCGCUCCUCCCGCUCCUCACGCACGAGACACUCCAGCGCCGAGCUGUGCGACUCGGACAGUUCACAUUCUCCCAGCAAGACGGACAGCUCGUCCAGCUCGCAGUACUCGGACUGGGAGGGAGGUUCGGCGCUGUCUCCUCCGCAGCGCGCCCGGAGACGCCCGGCUCGCCGCCCCCCCGCUGCCGCCAAGAGAGUUCCUGCGCCCUGCGCCUCCGCCCCCGACCUCCCGGAGGCCUACCGCGUCGGCGAAUGGCUGACCGCCGUGUCCCCCAGGAAGGCGCCCUACCACCCGCAGAUGGGAGACAGAUGUUUGUACUUCCGACUAGGUCACCAGCGGUACUUCGAGGCGGUCGCGGAGAAGGAUCUGUACAAAAUAAACAGCAGGGACAAGCCUUGGGAGAGAAUGCAGAUAUAUGAGUGCGAGGCGGUGCAGGUGGUCGGCAUCAAGUACGUGAUCCGUCCUCCGCGGGUCGCCAGUCUCAAGCUGGUGCGCGAGAGAGACGCGCGCUCCUUCACCGUCCGCUACCACGACAUGCCGGACGUCAUUGACUUUCUGGUACUAAGGCACCACUACGAUGCGGCGGUCGCCAGGCGGUGGGGCGCCGGGGACAGGUUCCGUUGUAUGAUCGACGACUCAUGGUGGACCGGACAGGUCGUGGAGAGGAUGGCGGCUGACGAGGGCGGCGCCGCGGACAGAGGUAGCUCCGACGACAGGGGGGGCGCCUGGGCCAAGGAGGCUGCCGGUCACUUCCUGUCGCUGAGAGUGAGGUGGGACAACGGGGAGGUGGAGAGACUGUCACCCUGGGACCUGGAGCCCAUAGACCCGGAGAGACUGCCGUCGGAGCCUGGGGGCGCGGUGCCGGUGCUGCCCCGCGAGCUGGAGGCCGUGUUGCUGAACGAGUGGCCUCCACAGGCCUGUAGGACCAUAGCACAGCAUAUCUCACAGGUGAUGUCUCUGUCCGUGGCGGAACCGUUCGUGGCGCCGGUGGACCUGCAGCUGUAUCCCUCGUACGCCCUCGUGGUGCCCUACCCCGUGGACCUGGCCACCAUCCGGGCGCGCUUCGAGAACCUCUUCUAUCGUCGCGCGGCCGCCGCUCAGUUCGACGCUCGCUGGCUGGCGACCAACGCCGAGCGCUUCAACGAGCCUCGCUCGCCCAUAGUGAGGCAGGCUAGACUCGUCACCGACCUACUGCUCAAUAUUAUACGGUCGUGGGAGCAGGUGGACGUGGUGGCGCAGUACCACGAGCUGGCCGCCUCCUACCACUCGGACGACGAAGACGACGACGUAGCUCAUAAGAAGCGUCCGACACCCCGCGGCGUGGUGCCUCAUACGGGUCAUCAGCGGGCGGGUCCUCCGAGGGCAGCGCCCCCCCGGGAUUGGCGCUCCGCCUGCUCCGCUCUACUGCAAGAGCUCACCGCCAGCGCUGACGCGGAGCCCUUCAGACACCCCGUAUCGUCCGCACAAGCCCCCGACUACCGCAGUGUCGUGACUCACCCCAUGGACCUGGGCACGGUGAGCCGGCGCCUGUCUCAGGGUCACUACUCGCGCUCCGACCAGCUCGCCGCCGACGUCAGGCUGGUGUUCGCCAACAGUCGCCUCUACAACACGAACAAACGCAGCCGGAUAUAUUCUAUGACCGUCCGGUUGUCAUCGUUGUUUGAGUCGCUGUGGUCGAGACUCCCGGUCGAGAUACGGAGCACCAGGGAGGGGAGGAACAGGGGCAGAGACAGAGAUAGAGGACGGAGGACCAGGGCGAGGAGGUGUCGGCAGGGGGGAGGGGGGGAACCACUUGAUGCAGAGCCGCGGCCCGGGCCCGCAGUCGUCCGUCCACCCUCGUCCGCGAGCUCGGAGUGCGAGCCGCUGGCGGCCACGUCUCGGAGGGUUCACGCCUUGAGAGAAACGAGCCACACCUCGAGCCACGGCUCUAGCGGCCCGGGCUCGAGCCGACACGACAACGGCUCGGGCUCGAGCACACGAGUCGAGCGCCCGCCGCCCGCCAGGGCCGACUCCUGGGACAGCGACGUGCCGCUCACCUCGCACAGGAAAGGGAAAGGAGUCGGGAAGAAGAGCAAGAACACCUCCACCGCCUCCAGCAGCCAGGCGCCGCCGCAGCUGGCGGAGGAGUGGACGAGCGCGCCGGAGAGCGAGUCACCGACGCACAUAGAGGUGGUGGAGGAGGAGCUGGUCGAGGACGAGGUGGAGCUGGAGUACGACGAGAACACGCGCACCAGCGAGGGCCCCAGGGGACCCGCGGGGACGCGUGAGUCCGUGAAGCGGCGGCCGCGCAGCUCGGGCUCCAGCGACGACAGACCGAACAAACGAAGAGUCCGCGAGCCGUACUCGUCGGGCUCGUGCUCCAGCUCAAGUUCGGAGUCGGGCUCGGGCUCCGCCUCGGGCUCCGGCACCGGCUCGGGCUGGCGCAGCGAACACUCCGCCAGACGAGUGAGAUACGAGUCGGACCGCUCAUACAGACCCAACAACAACUACUCCACCGACGACGACGCGCCUCUACUACACUACAGACAGCGCCAGGGCUCCGGUCCGGGUUCGCGAGGAGGCUCGCUGUCCGGUUCACGGUCGGGCUCGACGUCGCGGAGGCCUCUCCGACGGCGCGGCUCCCCGCGGCGGUACAACGAAGAUAGCGAAGACGACUCCGUGGCCGCCAUCAGCAAGAGACUGCCGUCACAUCGUCACACCUACAACCACAACCACAACAACCACGUGGCGACCACCAGCAACGACCACGACUACUACAACGGCCACGGGCCUCCGCGGUCCGGCUCGGGAGGCUCCGGGGCCGGGCCCGUGUCCAUCUCCUCCCGUGGCCGCGUCCGCCGACUGACGGCGAAGGCCCGCGGUCUGCUGAGACCUUGACCCUCACCGUGAACACCUCGGCGCCGCGGAGUGUACAUACUGUUUAUAUUGUGAACGCACACGACACAAACUGCCGGAAGCUCUACGACUUACCACGUACAUAUAAGACACAAGACGAGUUCAAUUAUAUUUGUAAGGAAUCAGGUGUAGCUUUAAGUUAAUAUAAGUUUGUACAACGACCGCUGUUUGGACAGGUUUAAGGAUUGUUAUAUUGUAUCAUAAUGUAUAAAGCGAAGCUAUCGGCGACCAGGUUACUGGGUGAUGUAGGACCCCACACACAUGGAGAACUGGUCCGCGGCCGGCGGACUUUGAGUGGUCCUGGUGACUGUGUCAUCUCUCUCUGAGAGGCGGUGCCAUAAUACUUACACAAACCAACAACAAAUCAGAGGUCGUCUACUAAUAUAUAUAUCAGACCUUGUUGACAUGUCUUAUGACCUCUUCUUGUUUGUAAUGAUGCCGUUCUUUGGGAUUCUUAUUCUUCAGUUCGUUUUCUAUGCAUUUUAAAUUAUUGAUAGGAUUUAAAAGAUUUAAUAUAUAUAUGUAUAUUACAAUAAUUUGGACAAAUUUAUCAAUUCAUAAUAGUAACAGACUGACAUACAUACAGAAAUGAGUUUUGUACAUUGUGUGUGUAGUUUCGAGUGUGUUGACAGUUGACACACACCUGUCCGUGUGUCACACGUGUAUAUAUAUAAUGCAAUUGAUCUGUACUUAUUAUUUAAUUACGAUAUGUGAGCAAUAAAUGAUUUGGAAUGAGUGUACAGAAUGAUCUCUGGGAGGUGUUGGAGGAAGGCGAGAAACCAAACAAAAUACAUAUUUUGUAAAUUGA